GAGAGAGAGAGAGAGAGAGAGAGAGAGAGAGAGGAGAGAGAGCUGAGAGUAAACUUCCACCACAAAAAUCCGCCCACAUACUAAACAAACACACUCCUUGAUUAUGUUUGUUGCUCACAAAACCACGGUUAUGGCGCUCUCUUUAUCGUUAUCGAAGCACUGUCUUCUCACGUUCCCACGGAAUAAACUCUCCCAUUUCUCCCCCAAAUGCAAUCUCAAUUUGUUUUCAGUCUGCCCUUCUUUUGUUGAUCAUCGUUUUUCUCGCAAGGAUGGACUGCGUAGGGCAAAAUUCUCCGCCGUCGCUACUGAAGUUACGGAAAUGCCCACUGCUCCGCCGCCCGGUGAAGGAAGAGAUACCAAUUCCGAUUCCGAUUCCGGAAAAAUUGUCCUUCCUACCAAUAAGUCUUCUGAGAAACUCCUCAGGAUUCGUCACACGUGUGCUCAUGUGAUGGCUAUGGCUGUUCAAAAGAUUUAUCCGGAUGCAAAAGUGACGAUUGGUCCUUGGAUUGAGAAUGGCUUUUACUAUGACUUUGAUAUGGAGCCUCUCACUGAUAAGGACCUUAAGAAAAUUAAAAAAGAAAUGGAUCGCAUUAUUGGUAAAAAUUUGCCUUUAAUCAGAGAAGAAGUUAGCAGAGAUGAAGCCCAUAAAAGGAUAAUUGAUGUCAAGGAGCCUUACAAGAUUGAGAUUCUUGAGAGCAUUAAAGAGGAGCCCAUCACAAUCUAUCAUAUAGGUAAUGAAUGGUGGGAUCUUUGUGCUGGGCCUCAUGUAGAAUCUACUGGAAACAUCAAUAGAAAAGCUAUUGAACUUGAGUCUGUCGCUGGGGCUUACUGGAGAGGAGACACAAAUAAGCCAAUGUUACAAAGGAUAUAUGGCACAGCAUGGGAGAAUGAAGAACAACUGAAAGCUUAUCUUCACUUUAAGGAGGAGGCCAAAAGGCGGGACCACCGUAGAAUUGGUCAAGAUCUCGAUCUGUUUUCUAUACAGGAUGAGGCUGGUGGAGGGUUGGUUUUCUGGCAUCCAAAGGGUGCUAUUGUAAGACACAUAAUUGAAGAUGCAUGGAAAAAGAUCCACAUACAGCGUGGCUAUGAUUUACUCUAUACUCCACAUGUAGCAAAAGGAGAUCUUUGGAAGAUUAGUGGUCAUCUCGACUUUUACAAAGAGAGUAUGUUUGAUCAGAUGAAGAUAGAGGAAGAACUUUAUCAGCUCCGACCGAUGAAUUGCCCUUACCAUAUUUUGGUUUACAAACGGAAGCAGCAUUCUUACAGGGAUUUUCCAAUCAGGGUUGCUGAGCUUGGAACAGUGUAUAGAUAUGAGUUGUCUGGAAGUUUACAUGGAUUGUUCAGAGUAAGAGGAUUUACCCAGGAUGAUGCCCACAUAUUCUGUUUAGAUGAUCAAAUAAAAGACGAAAUAAGGGGUGUGCUGGAUCUUACGGAGGAAAUAUUGCUGCAAUUUGGUUUUGACAAAUAUGAAGUAAACCUGUCAACAAGACCAGAGAAAUCUGUGGGAGGUGAUGAUAUAUGGGAUAAAGCAACAUCUGCUCUAAAGGAUGCCUUAGAUGACAAAGGUUGGAAUUAUCAGAUAGAUGAUGGCGGUGGCGCUUUUUAUGGCCCCAAAAUUGAUUUAAAAAUCGAGGAUGCACUCGGAAGGAAGUGGCAAUGCUCCACCAUACAGGUUGAUUUUAAUUUGCCUCAACGCUUUAACAUCACUUACGUCGAUUCGGAUCAAGAGAAGAAGCGACCAAUCAUGAUACAUAGAGCAGUUCUUGGAUCCUUAGAGCGCUUCUUUGGAGUUCUUAUAGAGCAUUAUGCUGGAGAUUUUCCAUUAUGGCUUUCUCCUAUUCAAGCUCGUCUUUUACCAGUAACUGACAUACAGCUUGAGUACUGCAAUGAGGUGUGCAAAAGAUUGAAAGAAAAUGGCAUUAGAGCAGAAGUUUGCAGUGGAGAGAGGCUGCCAAAACUUAUUAGGACAGCAGAGAAACUGAAGAUUCCAUUAAUGGCGGUUGUGGGGCCCAAAGAGGUAGAAACACAAGCGUUAACAGUUAGAUCGAGGUUUGGUGGAGAGUUGGGUACAAUGUCAGUCGAUGAUUUUAUCAGCAAAACAAAGCAUGCAGUUGAAAACAAGGCCUUCAUUUGAUCCAAUGAUUUUAUUCACUUCAAUGGGGGAAAUGGCUAACGAGACUCACUCACCACAAAUCUAAAUUUAAAUAGCUAUAAAGACAGCAACUUUUUUCUUUUUAUUUGUUCUUAGUUAUAAGUCCAUAUUUUGUCAUUAUGCAAACAUGGAGGAGAUUUUCGUAAUUAGUCACGGGGCUCUCUUUGUCGACUGAGGCCGUUUGGUAUACAAGUCCAUUCACCAAAUGAUUCGGAUUUGGCCCCAACUAAAUAUUUUUGUCUUUCUUAGAAUCUCA